AAUAAGCUGACGUAUUUUUAGAACUUACAAGAAAAAGCAUAGAAUAAAAAGAAAUACUAACAAAUAAAAAAAUGUCAAGAACGGCGAUUUAGCAACACAUUUAUUUUAUUAAAAUAAAUUAGAAAUAUUUUCAUCAAGAAAAUUCUAGCAAGAAGCUGUGUUUCAAAAUCUUAUGAAGAAAAACGAAAAGAUGUUUAAGUUCAAGGUCAGAUACUUAUUUUUACUUUUAUUAUUCAUCCCUUUAUUCGGGCAAAUAUUUUCUGAUAAAACCGAGAAUAUAAAACCAAUUUCAACAUCUAGUACACCAUCAACAUUAUUACAAUCAAUUAUUGAUACUAGUAAUUCUAGCAAAAUUAAUUCGUCUGCGAUUGUUGGAAAUGCAACUAAAGUAGAAACAAAUGAAAAAACUAGUACUCUUGUCAGUCCUUCGGAAGUAAAUGAAAAUUCCGUUUCAUCGUCUACGAUAUCCUCAUCAGUUGAGAAAAAAAUUAUUAUAAAUAGCACAACUGCACCAUCUACAGAGCAAGCUCUACCAGAUUCAAAAGCCGUUGAAAAUGAACACAAUAGUUCAUUAUCAAUUUUCUUUGUAUUAUGUGUGAUAGCACUGGGGAUAUUAUUAAUUCAUAUGAUGUUACAAACUGGUUUUCAAUAUUUACCAGAAAGUAUUGUUGUUGUAUUUUUGGGAGCCCUUAUUGGUCUAACAUUAAAAAUUUUCGUUGAUGAUAAUCGUUCAUCAUGGAAAAGGGAAGAAGUUUUUUCCCCAACUGGAUUUUUUUUAGUUUUGUUACCUCCAAUUAUAUUUGAAUCAGGUUAUAAUUUACAUAAGGGUAAUUUCUUUCAAAAUAUUGGUUCGAUUUUGGUUUUUGCAAUAUUUGGAACAACGAUAUCAGCUUUAGUAAUAGGAGCUGGUAUAUAUUUGCUAGGAAUUGCAGAAGUUGCUUAUCGUUUAAAUUUUUAUGAAUCAUUCGCAUUUGGAUCUCUGAUAUCAGCAGUUGAUCCGGUUGCAACCGUUGCUAUUUUUCAUGCUUUAGAUGUAGAUCCUGUUCUUAAUAUGUUAGUAUUUGGGGAAAGUAUAUUAAAUGAUGCCAUAUCAAUUGUUCUAACAACAACCAUAAGUGCAGCUGCAAAUAGUCCAGCUUAUGCACAAGCUUCAACGAGUGAAGCUAUUAUGAAAGCUUUACAGACUUUUUGCGCGAUGUUCUUUGCUUCGGCUGGAAUUGGCGUAGUAUUUGCAUUGAUUAGUGCUUUAUUGUUGAAACAUAUUGAUUUGAGAAAACAUCCGUCCUUAGAAUUUGCAAUGAUGCUUGUUUUUACUUAUGCUCCUUACGUGUUGGCUGAAGGAAUACACCUUUCUGGAAUAAUGGCUAUACUUUUCUGUGGUAUUGUAAUGUCUCACUAUACUCAUUUCAACUUAUCUACAGUAACUCAAAUAACAAUGCAACAAACAAUGAGAACUUUAUCGUUUAUAGCGGAAACUUGUGUGUUUGCUUAUUUAGGAUUAGCCAUAUUUUCUUUUAAGCAUCAAGUCGAGAUGGCACUAGUUGUUUGGUCUAUAAUACUAUGUUUAAUUGGUAGAGCAUGUAAUAUAUUUCCAUUAGCAUUUUUAGUAAAUAAAUUUCGUGAACAUAAAAUCACGAAUAAAAUGCAGUUUAUAAUGUGGUUUUCUGGCUUACGAGGAGCUAUUUCCUAUGCAUUAUCAUUACAUUUAGAGUUAUCAAGUGUGGAAAGUCGUCAUGUUAUUAUAACAACUACACUAAUAAUUGUAUUAUUCACAACACUUUUCUUCGGUGGGUCAACAAUGCCUCUGUUAAAAUAUUUACAACCAGGUAAAAAAUUACGCCGUUCCAGUCGAAGACGUGGCGGUCCUGGUAAUAUAUCUUCGAAAAGACGUAAAGAAAUUUCUCUAAGUAAAACACGAAAAUGGGGCAAUGCAAUCGAUUCCGAACAUUUAUCUGAAUUGACAGAAGAAGAAGACGUAACAUUUGCGAAAGUACAAGGUGGUAUUGGGUUUGGAGUUAUUGAUCGUAAAUAUUUUACUCCAUUCUUUACAAGACGUUUUACAAGUCAAGAACUACAUGAUUGUAAAAGUCAAAUGGCUGAUUUAACAAAUAAAUGGUAUCAAGCGAUUAGAGUAUCACCACAACAUACGGAAGAUGAGGAUGAGAAUAUGACAAAUAAUUUAGUCAAUCAAAGCAAACAGCAUCAUCAGCAACAGCAACGAACACAUAAAAAAAAUAUAGUGCCAGAUGAAAAAUUGCAACAAAAGCAAUUAAAACAACACGAAAAUAUUUUAAUUGAACAAAAUCAUUCAACACAUUAUCAAUUAGACGAAGAUGAUGUAACACUUUCAAAUAGUCGUACUAAUUUAGCUGAUCCUGCGAUAUAAUAAAAUUAUAUUUUUAUUUUUUUUUAUUUAAAGUAAUUUUUUAAAAAAAAUAUGAAAUUUACAAAGAAAAAAUAUUCAAACGAAAUUGUUAUAUAGAUGUUUAUAAAAAUGAUUGCGGCUUGUUUUAAAAAAAAAAAAUUUUAAGCAAAUUUGGUAAUAAAUAAAAUUCUUCUUUUUAUAUAAGAAAUUCAAUUUAUAACCAAUAGUGCUCAAAGAUAUUUAAACUAAUAUAAAAUUUUUAUCAUUUUUGUAUUUUCAAGAUACUUAAACAAGAAAAGAACUAGAUGUGUAGGUAAAAAAGAAAAUUCUAUAUUGCCUUGAUUUAAUGCCAAAAUUUGUUAAGAAUUAAACGAAAUAAAUGCUAAUUAAAAUAAAAACCAAAAAAUAAUAAAUAAAAAAAAAAAAUAAAAAAAAAAUUUUCUUAGUAAAGAUUUUAAAUUUGAAAACAGCUCAUUAAUAAAUAAGAAAAACAAAAAUUGAUAUUUUAAUAUUCUCGAUCAAAAAUUAUUUUUGAUUCUUCUAUUGUUUCGGUUUUUUGUAUUUUUUAAAAUAAAUAAAUCACAUGUAAUACAUAAAUGUAAUAUACAGAAUAAAAUGUAUAAACACAUAUCGAUUAUCUAUUUGAAAUUAACAAGAAACUGAGAAAAAAAAAACAAAAAUCGAAAAAUCAAUGUAAAUCAUGUAAGUAUUUUGGCAUAAUGUAUUACACGAAUAUAAAAUAAAUCAAAUAUAAUUCUUAAAAUAUUAAAUAAUUUCAAUUAAGAAUUUCUUUUUAAUAUGAAAUUGUGUAAUAUAAUACUUAUACUAUUUUAAAUGAAGCAAAAUAAUUUAUUAAAUAAUUUAAAUCAUAUUUCUUUGAUGUCAAUAAAUUCAUAUUUUUAUUAAAUUAAAUUUUUUUAAAAAUAUAUAUAUGUAAAUGUAUUGUGUUGUACCUUUAUUAUAAUUAUUCAAUCAGCAUUAUUUAAAAGAGGCACAAAAUUAAUUUGAUAAGUUUAUGUUUUUUAUUAUUAUUAAUUUAAAUUGUGUAUUCUAUGCGUUAUACGUACAUAUUCUAGAUAUUUAAGAAUUGUCUAAUAUUUUUGUUUAAUUUUUUGUAUUGUACAAUGUAUACAUCUAAUAAUAAUC